GUUGUUGUUGUUGUUGCCGUCGUCUUCGUCUUUGGGUGUCGUCUAUGUGCGUGUCGCGGGGGGUGGGGAGGGGGGCUCGCCCGGGUUAUUGUGUGGCCUUGAGCGAGAGGUGGCAAGUGGUCUGCAAAGAAAGAGAGGCGGAGAAGGCGGGGGGGGGGGGCAGAAAGGGACCAGAAUAACCAUCGCUAGUUAAAUAUAUAUAUAUUUGGAAGAGAAAAAAAAAAGAAGAAGCAAAGGGGGGGGGCGCGCGGAAAGAGGGAGGCCAAGGAGAAUAAUAAAAGGAGGCUGGGCUGCUAUUGAAAAGCUUUUGAAAAGUGGUGGUGUCUUCCCACCCGUGCGCACUUCGACUCGGGGAGUAUAUUAGAGCCGGACAGCGGCUGCCACAGCAGCGGCACCUUGGGAGCGUCUCUGAGCGAAGGGGACUCUGCAGGAAAGAGGCAUGCUUUUAUCAAGGAGACGACCGCAGCAGCUCACGGAGUUUUCCCUAAGUCUUUUUCUUGCGCUGUUAUGCUUGCGAGUCAAGGUGACUCUAACAUCGGGCCAGUUCGAGUUCGAGAUCAUAUCCAUGCAAAAUAUCAAUGGAAAAUUGCAGAAUGGAAAUUGUUGUGAUGGGACCAGAAACCCAAUUGAUAAAAAAUGCACCAGAGAUGAAUGUGAUACCUAUUUCAAAGUUUGCCUGAAGGAGUAUCAGUCCCGUGUUUCUGCUGAGGGCGCUUGUAGCUUUGGAUUUGGAUCUACCCCCGUCAUCGGUGGGAAUACCUUUAAUUUAAGAUACAGCCGGAAUAAUGAAAGGAACCGGAUUGUCCUCCCUUUCAAUUUUGCCUGGCCGAGAUCCUACACAUUACUGGUCGAAGCCUGGGAUUACAGCAAUGACAGUGCUAGUAAGUAUGCAUUUCCCUUUUUGUUUCCCUUUCUGGAAUUAUUUAAGACGUGCACCUAUGGAAAAGGGAAAACUGAUGGACAUACACUGGGAGUCUUCUGGAUUACUCGAGAGUACAGCUCCCAGAAUUCCUAG